AUAUAAAUAUUUAUAUAUGUCAAUGACAAUGGAACUUCCUUCCUUCCGUACAGAUCACUAAUUAUACUCUAUAUUAUUGGUUCAUGUCUCUGUGUGUGUGUGUGUGUGGUGCCUGCUCGCUCAUUUGCUCGUCCAUCCAAUAAAUUUACAAACAAUGGCAGUGGCUGCUGCUGCUGGAAGACGACAUCAUGUAUCAGUAGUGUCGUGUAUCCUCCUCCUCCUACUCGUGAGUUUUAUUCUGUCAGAAUCACAAGAGGACGACAAGGUGGUUGUAUCUGUGUACUACGAAGCUCUGUGCCCAUACUGUGCCAACUUCAUUGUGAAACAUCUCGUCAAGAUUUUCCAGACAGAUCUCAUCAACAUUGUCAACCUCAGACUUGUCCCCUGGGGAAACACACACAUCACCAUUAACAAUACGUGGAUUUGUCAGCAUGGUGUUGAUGAGUGUCGUCUCGAUGUUGUGGAAGCUUGCGCCAUAAAUCUCCUUCCUACUCUGCAAUCACAAUUUGAGUUCAUAUAUUGCGUAGAGCGCUUGCAUUUGAUGAACAAGCACGCCCAGACCCAGUGGCCCUCUUGUUUCCAACCCGACCACGCUACUGUUCUUCAAAGCUGCUACAACACUGCACUCGGCUUUCAGCUUGAGAAGGCAUACAGUGAUGAAACAACCAAUCUCCAACCUCCACACAGAUUCGUGCCAUGGGUGCUUGUCAAUGGCUAUCCUCUUCAAGAAGAUUUUCUGAAUUUCGCAAGUUAUGUUUGCAAUGCUUACCGAGGAUACAACAUACCAGAUACUUGCAAGUCAUCAACUUCAUCAAAUCUUCCAAUUAAUUAAUCUUACAAUACCUGUUUGCAAUUGCAUCAGUCCCCUAGCCUAAAAGGGGAUGAGGAGUGAGAAGCAGAAACAAAAAAUGCAAAUAAGUAGUAGUAGUAAGUGAAUGUUUGCAGGUUAGCUAGCCCGCUAACUAAUGACAUUAACUUAUAUUUAGCCAUAUUUACACAGUGAUACUAAUUAUUUAUUUUUUUUCUAACGAAAAUAAUUUGUUUCUAGCUUCCACUACACCACAUGGAUGUAUAUUACAUAUAUACUUUAGUCAUUCAAAUACUACGGAAAAUAUGUCAAUUUCUAGUGGAAUUGAAUUCGCUAAAAAUGCUUAUUUUUUGUGACAAAAAGUUAUUUGUGACGAUUUUGUUGUAGAUUGUAGUCGGUAGGUUUACUUGUAACAAAAAGUGUGUGUCGCCAUAAAUAUUGUAACAAAAAAUAGUGGUCAAUGCUAGUGGGAAGACUUUUUGUUACGAUAUUUUAUAUGUGACAAUAAGUAGAAAUUUUUAGU